AGACAAUCAAUCCAAAUUGUAUCCGGGAUGCCGGGCUCUCCCGGUCAUGAUUUCCUUUGCUGGUGGUCUGUGACAUCCACGAGACCUCCACCACACCACCCUCUCGACGAAUGAACGGGUCAGAUCGCGGACGACCCUUUCACCCUUUUUUUUUUUACACUAGGUACACUACAAAGUUUUCCUCUCGAUCGUAAUGCCUCCACUUCGUCGCGAGUCUGUUGUUAUCGGCCUGUGUCGGGGGCAGUUCUCUUCCAAAAUUUCCAUAACCAGAGGCAGACGGCCCACUGCGCCUUAGAUGAGGACAUUUCCAGCAAAUGAGAAAAAAAGAUAUACCUCGAUACCAUUUCUGACACAAGAAAAAAUAAUAAGCCGGCUGCCUCGGAAUCGUGCCCAGUCCCUGUACCUCUCUCUCCUUUCUUCCCAUCGACCAGUUCACCAAUGGGUGCAACUGGCUUCUCAGACCGACUCAAUGAUUCUCGGUGACAUCACAAAAUCCAACAAUGUAAUUGGCGUGCAGGACGGAGGUCCCCCCCCAACAGGUUCCCGUAUGUAUCCGUCAUCAUGGACACCCCGUGGAUACUAUGGAUCCCGGCCUCCAGGUUGGGAGGAGGAGGGCAAUAUACCGGCGUCUACCUUGUUAGCUAGGGCCGACCCGCCGCCGAGGGUAUUGAACCUUGAUAGCGCAACUAACGGCCACAUGGAAUAAAAAUCGCGAUUCGCCCACUGGACGCGGUCCAAAAAGUCUUUUUUUUUUCUUGAUUAUCGGUAAUGGAGAGCUUAUUGACUCCUACUCGAACACCAUAAUAGCAUCAACGCCAGCCGGUUAAAGUCUCAGGAUGGCUUCCAUUACACGCUUCGCGAGGACCUCUUCCUCUUCCCUCCAGGUGUCCACCCGGUCAGCACCACUGGCCUUGACGGCGAGAAAUUUUUCCACCGUGAAGUUCAACAACAAAGACAGAAAGGAGCGGGUCGUCAUCCUGGGCUCCGGCUGGGCUGGCUAUUCCUUCGCCAAGGACCUCGAUCCCGAGAAGUAUGAGCGCAUUUUCAUCUCCCCGCGCUCCUACUUCGUCUUUACCCCCCUGCUCGCCUCUACUGCCGUCGGUACUCUCGAGUUCCGUACCGUUUUGGAGCCCAUCCGCCGCCUGGACUACGGCAUCGGCUUCCACCAGGGUUGGGCCCAGGACAUCGACUUCGCCAACAAGACCAUCCGCGUCGAGGCCAACGCCAACGCCGAUUCUGCUAGCAAGGCUGUUGUCCCCAUCGGCCAGGGCGGCCAGCUGAACCAGGCCUCCGCCAGGGGCGCUCUCUUCGACGUUCCCUAUGACAAGCUUGUCAUUGCUUGCGGUGCCUACUCCCAGACCUUCGGCAUCGAGGGCGUCCGUGAGCACGCCAACUUCCUUCGCGAUGUUGGCGAUGCCCGCCGCAUCCGCUUGAGGGUUCUUUCCCUCUUCGAGCUGUGCGCCUACCCCAAGGGUGUUGACAACCUCACCGAUGAGGACCGCGCCAACCUCCUCCACUUCGCCAUUGUCGGCGGUGGCCCUACCGGUAUCGAGUACGCUUCCGAGCUGCACGAUCUCAUCCACGACGAUCUUUCCAAGAUGUACCCGGACCUCCUCAAGUUCGUCCGCAUCACCGUCUACGAUGUCUCGCCCAAGGUUCUUCCCAUGUUUGACCAGGCUCUCUCCAAGUAUGCCAUGGAUGCUUUCAAGCGUCAAAAGAUUGAGAUCCGCACCCAGCACAACAUCGAGCGCGUCCGCCCUGCCGAUGGCAAGCUCGGCUCCGAGUACGGUGAGCUGAAGCUCAAGAUCAAGCAGUACGGCGACAAGGAGGUCGGUGCCGGUCUCGUCGUCUGGUCCACCGGUCUUAUGGCCAACCCCCUCAUCAAGCAGCUCGCCUCCAAGGACUUUGCCGUUCCCAUCUCCCCCGAGGACCGCGCCGAGGCCCGCCGCCCCAAGGCCAAGCUCGCCACCGAUGCCCGCACUGGUGGCAUCCUCGUUGACGAGCACUUCCGUGUUCGCAUCGAGACCCAGACCACCGAUGCCGCCAAGGGCUCCGAGAUCGUCCCCACCUCCUCCAGCAACAGCCUCCUCCGUGACGUCUUCGUCCUCGGUGACGCCGCCGUCAUCGAGAGCCAGCGCACUCUCCCCAAGACCGCUCAGGUUGCCGCUCAGCAGGCCACCUACCUCGCCAAGGUCCUCAACAAGGCCAACGAGGGUGUCAUCGACGUCAAGGACGCUCCCGGCUUCAAGUUCCGCAACUGGGGUGUCAUGACCUACCUUGGCAGCUGGAAGGCCAUCCACCAGGGCCCCCGCGACGAGCUCCGUGGCUGGGCCGCUUGGGUCCUCUGGCGCUCCGCUUACCUGGCCAAGUCCAUGUCCUGGAGGAACAGGUUCCUCGUGCCCAUCUACUGGCUCGUGUCCUGGGUCUUUGGCCGUGGUAUCUCUCGCUUCUAAAUGGAAUUUAUUUCCUCUCUCUCUCUCUCUCUUUAGAGGCGUGAGAAAAAAAUCACACCACAAGCAUGUACACACCCAAACUUUAUAAAUACGAUAUAACUCUUUAGAAAUUGGAUACCAAAGGAUCAAAUAGAAGGCGGCGGCGACGGAGUUACUUCAACCAUAGACGGACGGGCGGCAACAUCUGCUUUGAUACAAUAGAGAAAGAAGGAAGGAAGGAAGGAAGGGGGAGAAGGGAAGAUGAAGGGGGGAAAAGGAGGGAGGGAAAGGAAAAAGGUUUGAACAAAAUUACGAUGCAUUGCGUGCAACAAACAACAGCAAAUGGGAGGCAUUAAGGGCGCAAGGGAGCAAGCCUCGGGUUGUUUCCUUGCAAGGGAUUUUGGGUUGGGCUCGAGUAACAGACAUCAUCAUCAUCAUCAUCAUCAUCGUCAUCAUCACCAUCACCUUGUUUGUUUGUUCGUUUGUUUGCUUGUUGCGUCAAGACUUCAACACUCUGUGUUUUUUUUUUUUUUUUUUUUUUCCCUUUAUCAUACCCGUUUAUUUGCAUUGCAAGUAUGAUCAUUAUUUCUUUUUUUGCUUGGUCAAGUUUUAUGAAAUGUUGGCUUCGUGAAAAGAGGGUAUCAUUAUUAUUUGCAAGUUGCUGUUAUAUGUACUUCUUAUACCUUUAUAUCCCCCCUUCUGAUACCUGCGUUUCUAUCCCCGACUCCUUCUUCCACUAUACCUGUAUGUACAAGUAGCUAUAGAUACAAACUGAAGCAAUUCACACAUGGA